CGGCGCGUGCGCUAGGCGGCACUUCCGCCCUUUCCUUAGCCCGGAGUCGUCCCGACGCUUUCGCGACAGCCGUAAGUGAGCGGCGGCCGGCGGAGCGGAGCGGAGCGGAGCGGGCGGCGGGAUGAGGCCGCAGCAGGCGCCCGUGUCGGGCAAGGUGUUCAUCCAGCGCGACUACAGCGGCGGGACGCGCUGCCAGUUCCAGAGCAAGUUCCCGGCCGAGCUGGAGAACCGGAUUGAUAGGCAGCAGUUUGAAGAGACUGUCCGAACGCUGAAUAACCUCUAUGCAGAAGCUGAAAAACUCGGGGGCCAAUCUUACCUUGAAGGAUGUCUCGCCUGUCUGACUGCCUAUACCAUCUUUUUGUGCAUGGAAACGCAUUAUGAAAAGGUUCUAAAGAAAAUUGCCAAGUUCAUUCAGGAACAGAACGAGAAGAUCUAUGCUCCUCAGGGCCUCCUUCUGACAGACCCCAUUGAAAGAGGAUUAAGAGUCAUUGAAAUUACCAUUUAUGAAGACAGAGGUAUGACAAGUGGAAGAUAAAACUGUGGAGACUCAGAUAGCUCAACAGUGGACUUGCUGUAUCAAAGUUCCCCUACCUCCUACUUUAGAGCAUCAUUCCUUUCUCUGCUGCCAGAUCCACAGUGCCAUCUACUACAAGGACUAACUUCCUAAAACUGCUCCACAUGGGGAGACUGAGCUGGUCAGCAUCCAUUUUACGGCGAACUUUUAAGCAAUGAGAUCACUUUUUAUUUGUUUUGUUUAGUUGUUUUGUUUCGUUUGUGCUUUUUUUUUUUUUUUUUUCAAGAAAAAGCAGAAGUGGUACAGCUACGUACUCUUCUGAAAGAAACGGGGCACUUAGCCCAACAGAAGUCUAGUUUUAGUCACAUAAGUGCAGUGCUGUUCCUCCCUAGUUCUUAAACCGUUCUGUACAUCAAUCAGGCCUUGGAAAGCUACAAGUCAGAGUUGGGAAUUUUUCAGAAACAAGGCCUUCCCUCCAGUUGAGUAUUGGAGUGAGGGGAUACACAAUGCCUCUGUCUGGCAAAAAGUGACUCAAGGCAUAGAGCAUUUUACGUUUCCUGUGCUGAUUCUCAUGGAAAACCAGAAGGCAAAGUGAUGUUUGUUUUAAUGUUUUGGCUGUUCCUAGGAGGGGGAGGAAUAGUUGGACUUUAAUGCUGGUGUUUUCUCUACUACUGUAUCUGUGCUGUUAUUGCAUCUGUCAGUGCUCACCAGAAGAGGGGGGUCUUUUCAUUCAUAAAACAGUAAGUACAAUAAAAUGGAUGCUGAACCAAUAAACGUAACAAUUCCUACCCUACUCUGAUUAAUAUGUGAAGUGUAAAACUGUUUCUUUAUGGAUUUAUAAUUUAUAGGAGAACAUUUGAUUUCACAAACUGUUAGAUGUUGUAUAAGAUGGUUUCUUAAUUCUGUCUGCUGGCACACUAUUGAAAAGUAGAACUGUGCAUUAUUUAGUAUCCUCCAUGCAUCAACAUUCCUCAGCAAUACCUGCAAAAGUAAAGUUCCUACAAACCAAGCUGGCUUAAUAUUUUUCUCUUCUAUCCUUUUCCCUUUUCAAAGCAAGGGUGUCCUGGUUUAGGUUCUGAGUGUCAUUGUCCAACUGUAGAAGGAAUUUAAGAAUUUAGAGAAGACUUAUGCAGAACAGAUUGAGUGUUUUGGCUUUUGGUGGUACUGUAGGUGCUAAUACUGGAUGUGAAAUUCCAGGCUUAUUACUCAGCCACUGAUAUUUUUUUUGAGAUGUUUUAAUAUUUUAAUUGUAUAAAACUUGUUUUUUCUAAACUGUAACAGUGUUUGCCUUUCACAUCUGUUGCACUAUUGGCGGAAGUACUAACGGAUUAGUAAAUUUUUUCUUAAACUG